UAUUGUUUUGAGCAACCCAGCCACUUACAAAAAUGGCCUCAAAUGUUUCUCCAGGAAGCUACUUUCAUGUGGUGGUCUUGGUUUUUUUAAUUUUACACUCUCUCCCACAGGCCCAGUCCUGUGCUAAUCAUACCUUAGAUGCUACAUUCUCUCAACUCCAACUACCAACAGGAUGCUAUGGUCCAUCAGCCGUCACAUUCGAUCACAAGGGCGAAGGACCUUACACCGGCUCUGCAGAUGGCAGGAUUUUCAAAUAUGAUGCUGAAACCACUCAAUUCAAAGAGUAUUGUGUUGGUAACUCACAUAGGUCAAGGAAGAGUUGUGACGCAGUAGACUUUACUAAGGUGCCAACUGCUUGCGGCAGGCCUCUGGGAUUUUCGUUUGACCAGAAAUCAGGAGACAUGUACUAUGUGGAUGCUAUAUAUGGACUUCAGCGUGUAAAAAGUGGUGGUGGAGGCGUUGCUCAGCCUGUGUGCUCCUCUGUAGGUGGCGCUCCGCUUUCCUUUCCAAGCUCUAUUUCUACUGGAGGCCCCAAUGGCGAAAUAUACUUCACGGACUACAGUAAAAACUACAACAUAAAAAAUGCUUUUUCCUCGCUUGGUAAUACUAAAGACUCAACAGGACGGCUUAUGACAUACAACAUUAACACAAAGCAAACCAAAGUGCUGGCGGAUAACCUAAAUGGCGCGGCUGGAUGUGUGCCUAGCAAAGACGGAUCAUUCGUGCUUGUCACAGAACUAAUGGGGAAAAGAAUCGUGAAACAUUGGGUAAAAGGUCCUAAAGCAAACACCGUCGAGCAUUUUAGGACGUUGGAUGGAUUUCCAACCGGUAUCAAGUCCACUCCAGAAGGUCAUUUUUGGGUGACAAUGAACCAGAUGAAUGGGGAUCAGAAGACCACCUCACCUCUGUGUAUUAAAAUGGAUCAUACAGGAAAAGACAUGCAUGUUGUGGAUUUGAGUAGCAAAUACUCGGAACAGUUUGUGACUGGUGUUGAGGAGAAAGCUGGGAAAUUAUAUGUGGGAUCAACGUCAACUCCGUAUGUAGGUGUGUACAAGCUGUAGGAACUGCAAUCAGCUGCAAUAACAGAGGGGGUGCUAAAUAAGAACUAUAGAGCUCUUAUAAAAUCAUAUAGAAUUUCCAAAUUAAUUGGUGCCGUAAACAAUAUUUCUGGGUCAAAUUUGUAUUGGUUUCCCAACUAGAAAUAAAAGUCAAGAAAUUAUUACUUUGUGCU